GUGGAGCAAAGAGGCGGGCCUUUUUUUUCUCAGGGAAAAGGAGGAAUGCACUGGAAGUAUUCCUGCAGGAGAUCUUCACACGUUGAGGAGCGUCUUUCCUGUCCUCGUCCCCCUUCUCAGCACGGACAUGUGGUCUCUGCUGUUGCUCUGCGUCCACGUCUGCUUCUGCUCUGCGUAUGAAGGGUCAGGACAGCACGCCUACGGAGAUGAUGAGGACUGGUAUUCUCAUGCAUUCAAAGGGGCAGCGUGGUGCGCGCCCAUCAAGGUGAAGCACGGCGACGUGAGCUGCCGCACGCCAAGGGGACAACACUCCAAGAACGCCAUGGGCGCGCGCUGUAAAAUCCGCUGCAAGCAAGGAUAUGAGUCUCAGAGCACCGAGGUGGUGUGCAUGGCCAGCAAACACUGGUCCUCCAGUUACGCAUGUCGAGAGAUCCGCUGUCCCAAGAUGAGCAUGCCCACGAAUGGCGGCUACAAGUGUUCGGACGGCUCCUACUACAACUCUCGCUGCGAGUUCUUCUGCUCACCGGGGUUCACCCUGAAGGGCCCCAAGACGGCCACUUGCCAGUACAACAAAGCCUGGAGCGCCGCGGUCCCCGCCUGUGUCGACGAGGACCUGCCAAAGAUCAAGUGUCCUCAUGUGAAGGACAAGUGGGCGGAACCAGGCAAGCUGACGGCCAGGGUGACCUGGGACACGCCCGAAGGUGUGGACACGGCCGACGGCAUCCUUACCGAUGUGAUCCUGAAAGGGAAACCUCCCAAGUCGGAUUUCCCCGAAGGUCUUCACAAGAUGUCCUACACCGUGUCGGAUCGUGCGGGGAACAAAGGAUCCUGUCGCUUCACCGCCCGAGUGCGAGUGCGGCGCUGCAGUCCGCUGUCCCCCCCCGACAACGGCUACAUGAAAUGCGACAGCGACGGCGAUAACUACGGCGCCACCUGCGAAUUUACCUGCACCGGCGGUGCCGAUCUACAGGGCAGCGCCGCCAGAGUGUGCCAGUACGGACUCACCUGGUCCGGUAGCGACACCAACUGUGCACCCAUGAACAUUAACGUGGGCGUGCGCAGGGCCUCGGCGCUCCUCGACCAGUUCUACGAGAAGCGAAGGCUCCUCAUUAUCUCCGCCCCGACGGCUGCCAAUCAUAAUUACCGCUUCCAGAUGACCAAUCUGCAGCAUGCCCAGUGCGGACUGGACGUUCGUCAUAUGACCGUCAUCGAGCUGGUGGGGAAUUACCCGGCCCAAAUUGGCCGCAUUCGACACAGGCUUCUCCCCCCCAUGCUCGCCUUGCAACUCAGGUUACUGCUCCAGAUCCCGCAAAGGUCCUUCCAGAUGGUUCUGGUGGACAAGCAGGGCACGGACAUGCAACGGUACCCGUUCCCGAUCACGGCGGCCGAGCUGUUCGCCACCGUGGACGCGUUACCCCUGCGCAAGGACGAGAUGGCGAUGCAGCAGGCGGCCGGACAGACCUGUCAAUCGUAAAUGGGCCGCGUUCGCGCUCGCGUCCGCCCGCCCGCCCGCCCCGGAACCUGCCGCCGUUUUCGAUCCAGCGGCUUCCCUCAAGUCGCAGCGCAUGUCGUGUCUUCGCUGCCACGUCAUUCAUCUCAAGAGAGGAGAUUUUUUGGGUUUUAAAAGCCAUCCAAGUCACAACGUCACGACAAUCAUAUUGAUUCCUGUGUCUUGUCUACCGGUAUGUGUUCUUUUUUUUUAAUAAUUCUUUUUUUCAAAACAAAAAUGUUUUGUACAAAAAAAUAUUUGUACUGUACGGAGUGGAAAACUAUGCUAUUUAUGUCCCACUUCCUUAAUAAUAAUAAUAAUGUAUUCUCACACUCUUUGGCGUAUACUCUGUGUGCUGUUUUGUGGCACCUCCCCCAAAAAAUGAACUAUUCACAUUUACAAUACAUUUUUCCCACAGAAAGUAAUGGAACUAUGAAUAAUCUGUUAAAACUGAAGAACUGAUGUUUCAAGUCACAUUUUAACAUCCUAAACUGUCAUACUGUUAACCACUCUUCAUAUUAGCAUAUUUCUCAACACGCCUUGAAUGUGGGAACACAUUUUUCUUGAUCAACUAUGGGGAAUAUUCUCAGGCGAUUAAUCAAACAAAUGUCAAGUGCUUUUUUUUUAAACUCCUUUUUCCAGA